AAAAUGUUUUUUACACUUUGAUUUUUACAAGUCAAUGUUGCAUCUGGAGACUGUAGGCAAGUAAUGUGGGUGGAUGUUAUUGACUGAGAGAUAGUGGAGUAUCAAGCCCAAGGCCAGGAAGACCUGGUUAAAUGUAGCCUCGGACAUCCCAGCAAGUCCACUAACCUAUUUUGGUUUUCUUGUGAAAUGAGGAUAAGAUCAAUACCUAUUUCCCUAAGCUAUGAAGGUCAAAUGAGUUAAUAUUUAUAAAGCACUCAGCCACAAAGCCUAGCAUAUCCGGGGGCAGCUAAGGCAGCCGUCCAUGCAUCGGUUUAAUUUCUUUUUCUCAUUCUCAAUAUUAUGAAUUUUUUUUUCCUUUCUCUCAAUUUUAGAGAUUAUUUGUUAUUGGGGCGCUGACAAUUGUUGCCAUUUUUUGUUCUUAAAUCUCUGAGGAUCCGUGUCUCGUCCAAGUGGUUGUGGGCAACAGGCUUGUCUGUGUGGAGAGUUGAGUUAGUUUGGGGUUUGCAUUUCCUAGACUGGAAGUUUGUUGACCACAAACUUCUGGUGCCGAAUAGAUGCAGAAUUUGCACUGUUUCAAUGCGUGCUCUGCGCCGAGCAGUUAAUACAGGGAACAAAGGUUUCUUUUUUGGAAUUUCUGGGGGCCGGUGACCUUCUCCUGCCCCACCAGCACCGACUCUUCCUCGUCGGGACAUUUGCUCCUUAUGUGGGUGUUGCUCCUGGAGGGGUUUUGGAUUCCAGCUCUGGAAUUUGUUCUUUUUGUUUUUUUUGUUUGCUAUCGGAUGUUCUGAGAACUCCUCUCUCUAUCAUUAUUGUUAAUAUGCUCCUAUCCUGAAACCUUGAACUUGGAUUCAUUUGGAAUAAGUUGUUUUCUAGCGCAUUUUAAGUGAUUUGAUUUCUAACUUAAUCGUAAAGUUUUGGGGCUUGGAUUUUUGGCUCCUUUAAGAUCCAAGUGUGAGCAGGAUAAACAAAGAAAUAAAAAUAAUCAUGAGAUCACAUGUGACUGAUUAGAAAUCAGGAUUGUGUAGUUCUCUCCCUGGCCACGUGCCUUGGGGUUAGAACUGCUGUUUUCCAGGGGAGGAGGUGAUGGAAGCAGAUCCUGUUGUGAUAUUUGGGAAAGCUGGCACGCAACAGACAGAUUCGAGCCAGGGUGGAGAUGCGAGCAUCUCCUGUUUCUAAGCUCCAAUUUCCCAGCCCUUAUAUCCAAGAAAAACAGGAUUUACCAGGAGAAGCCAGAAGCUAGCAUGAAUCUCACCUUUGCUUCCAUCUCUCCAUAAGUAUCGGUUGAUACUUAUCUUUCAUCUCCUCUUCCCCUAUUCAAGAUGGAAAUUGCCAUGAGGGAGAAGACCCCUGGUUCCGAGGAGGAGGUGAGGGCUUUCUCCUGUGCUCACAGAGUGCGGCCUGCUCCAUGAAGUGUCCGCGCGCCUCCCCGCCCAGCUUGCCACACGAGUUUCUGCCCUCGGCCCGCGGGAUGGAGGGGUCGCGGAGGGGCUGCCUCUUCCGCCCGAGGAGCGGGGGCCGCUGACUGCCAAGGAAGCGGAGGACCUCUGCCCGCCGGGACGAUGAAGGAGGUCGGCUGCUGGUCACCCCAGAUGGUGACGGAUUGGCUGCUGGAGAACGCCAUGCCCGAAUACUGUGAGCCCCUGGGGCACUACACGGGGCAGGACCUGAUCAGCCUCACGCGGGAGGACUUCGCCAAGCCCCCACUCUCCCGGGUCUCCUCCGACAAUGGGCAGCGCUUAUUGGACAUGAUUGAAACCCUGAAAAUGGAGCACCACCUGGAGGCCCACAAGAACGGGCACGCCAACGGGCACCUGAGCAUCAGCGCCAACGGCCCGGUGCCCGGCGGCAAGCCCAAGCACAACGGCGUGCCCAACGGCUACCAGGGCGGCCUGGAGAUGAUCCAGAUCCCCAUGCCCGAACCCGAGCGCUCCCAGUACCCCCGCGAGUGGGGCAAGACUCUGCUGGCCUUCCUGUAUGCCCUCUGCUGCUUUGUGCUCACCACGGUCACCAUCUCGUUCGUCCACGAGCGGGUGCCCCCCAAGGAGACACAGGCGCCCCUGCCGGACACCUUUUUUGACCAUUUUAACCGGGUGCAGUGGGCCUUCUCCAUCUGCGAAAUCAACGGCUUGAUCCUUGUAGGCCUCUGGUUCAUUCAGUGGUUGCUUCUAAAAUACAAGUCCAUCAUUAGCCGAAGAUUUUUCUUCUUAGUUGGCACGCUGUACCUGUACCGGUGUAUCACCAUGUAUGUAACCACCCUUCCAGUACCCAGCAUGCAUUUCAACUGUUCUCCGAAGCUUUUUGGAGACUGGGAAGCUCAUCUACGGAGGAUCAUGAAGAUGCUAGCUGGGGGCGGCCUGUCCAUCACAGGCUCCCACAAUAUGUGUGGAGACUAUCUCUACAGUGGGCAUACAGUCAUGUUAACCUUGACUUACUUAUUUAUCAAAGAGUAUUCCCCUCGGCGACUCUGGUGGUACCAUUGGCUCUGCUGGAUUCUUAGCUUCUCCGGGGUCUUCUGUAUUCUCUUGGCUCAUGAACACUACACUGUGGAUGUCGUGGUGGCUUACUACAUCACUACCAGACUUUUCUGGUGGUAUCAUACAAUGGCUAAUCAGCAAGUGCUAAAAGAAGCUUCCCAAAUGAACCUCCUGGCGAGAGUAUGGUGGUAUAAGCCCUUCCAGUACUUUGAAAAGAAUGUCCAAGGGAUUGUACCUCGAUCUUAUCACUGGCCUUUCCCCUGGCCGGUGGUCCACCUCAGUAGACAAGUGAAAUACAGUCGCUUGGUGAAUAACACAUAACAACUGUGCAAAGUUGGGGGAAGAGGAGCUGUCCAAAGUACUGAAGUCUCCAUGAGAGAAAUCGCCAUAAAAUCAAGCCUCCCUAAUCCUUUGAUCUUUCAACAGUUACCUUGACUUAACCUAGUGAGUUACCUGGUCAGCACUGUGAUCUUUUUUUUUUCUCUCCAAAGGACCUGCGUUGGACAACAAUAAAGAGAACUUAACUUAUCAUGCACUGUAUGCAUUUCUUGUGGAUAGGUUGGGGAUUUACAUAACCCAUGACCAUGCUCCUUUGUAUAUGAUGCGGCAGCAUAAACAUAAGCUUUUAUAUCCUCAGUUCUGGUCUUUCCAGCCCCGCCUGGAAAUAAAGCGUAUUAUUUUCUUGGGAAAACAUACUUUUCAUAUCUCUUUGCCCCAAAGAUUGGGCUGUAAGCCAUUUUCUAGCAAACGUCUAUAUGAAGGUUUCUAAGCACCUGAACGGAAUUCCAUUCAGAGCUCUUUCUACCUGUUGCGCUGAUAGUCAAGUGGAAAAAAAAAAAGGUAGAUGCGGAAAAGUUUGGUAACUUUUGAUUUUGUAAAAAUCAGCAGUGAUGGUGUCAAAAAAAAAAGUGCAAAAAAAAAAAAUAAAA